GGUCCCUCUCCCUGGCAGCACUGUUGAUGACCUCCUGAAGCAUGUCAGCUACAAAACACCACUGACACUUACCCAAUUCCUAGAGAAGUUUAAUCACUACAUGCCUGCCAUUGCGGGUGACCGUGAGGCGGUGAGGAGGAUCGCCUACGAGCUCGUGGAAACGAAAGCAAAAGAAGGCGUCAUCUACGUGGAGGUCCGGUACAGCCCUCACCUCCUGGCCAACUGCCGCGUGGAUCCCAUCCCUUGGGGCCAAACAGAGGGAGACCUCACUCCAGAUGAAGUCGUUAACCUCGUAAAUCAGGGACUACAGGAUGGAGAAAGGGAUUUCCGCAUCAAAGCCAGGUCUAUUCUAUGCUGCAUGCGCCAUAUGCCAAGUUGGUCUCCAGAGGUGGUGGAGCUCUGCAAGAAGUAUCGAAACAACUCUGUGGUGGCCAUCGACCUGGCUGGAGAUGAGUCCCUGAAGGUGGAGAAUUCCUCUGAGCACAAGAAGGCUUACGAGGAAGCCGAAAGAUGCGGGAUUCAUCGCACCGUCCAUGCUGGGGAGGCCGGCCCGCCUGCCAUGAUUAAGGAGGCAGUUUAUCUCCUGAAGGCUGAGCGCAUUGGCCAUGGCUACCAUGUCCUGGAGGACCCUGAGCUCUACAAGGAGCUGUUGAGAGCAAAGAUGCAUUUUGAGGUGUGCCCUUGGUCCAGUUAUCUCACCGGAGCAUGUCUUCCGGACUUUGGGAAACACCCCGUAGCACAAUUUAGGAAGGAUCGCGCUAACUAUUCUAUAAACACGGAUGACCCCCUCAUCUUUAACUCAAAUAUUGACAAGGAUUACAGCAUAGUGAAGGACUACAUGGGCUUCACUGAAGAGGAGUUCAAGAGAGUGAACAUCAACGCAGCUCAGUCCAGCUUCUUACCUGAGAAGGAAAAGCAGGAACUGCUGGACACGCUGUAUGAAGCCUAUGGGAUGGUCCCCAACGCAUCGUGACCCAUCCCUGCGAGCCAGCAUGGAGUGGUGGCCCUUCUUCAUGUGUGCUUGGCUCUCCGCUGUGUUAGUGGGAGCACUGGGAGAAGGUGCCUGGAGUCGGUCUCUAUUAUUGGCAGCCCUGUGUUAACCCUUACAGUGCUAAACAGAAUCAGGCUAUCACGUACACCUAUUUAUACCCCUACAAACUCUCCUAAAUGGAUAUCCAGCUUCCUAUCUUGCUGUUGUGCAAGCAGACUGAAACUGCCUCCUGGCCUGACUCCCUUCUCCA